CGAACAUUUGCUGUUGGUGCAUCGUCAUGUCCAUUUAUUCGUAAUUGAGUGAUAUCUACGUAUCUUAUGCCGUUACCAAGAGUGACGACGUAGUUGGUGUCCUAGAUUAAGCCCAUCGAAAGUCCCAGGAUAUGCGCGUCCUGUGCGGAGAGUGCAUAUUGAAUUGGGCAAAUGUUAUCUCCCCAGAAGGCUCCAAACAAGCGAUAACAUAAAAAUGCUGGACGCAUAUGUUGGGUACGAUCUGAGCAGUGCCUCUGAGCCAGACGAUCUCCCGAAGACCAAUGAAACCGUGUGGAUUCUGGGGAAAGAAUAUAACGCCACCGAUGAUAUUGAAACUAUACGACAAGAUGUGCAAUCACGGUUGUGGUGCACCUACCGCAGAGGAUUCGUUCCGAUCGGGAACACUCAACUAACUACCGACAAAGGAUGGGGAUGUAUGCUACGUUGUGGUCAGAUGGUACUGGCCCAAGCCUUGAUGCAGCUUCAUCUAGGCCGUGACUGGGUGUGGGACUCUGAAACCAGAGACGAGAUCUACCUGAACAUCGUGAACCGGUUCGAAGACAGCAAACAGGCACCGUUUUCUCUGCACCAGAUUGCCCUGAUGGGAGAUUCUUCGGAGGAGAAACGGAUCGGAGAAUGGUUCGGACCCAAUACCGUCGCCCAAGUGUUGAAAAAACUCGUCAAGUUUGAUGACUGGUGUAGGCUAGUCAUUCAUGUAGCCCUGGACAAUACUGUAGCAACUGAGGAAAUAGUGGAAUUAUGCACUGAUAAAAAAGACCCGGAUCUGUGGAAACCAGUACUGUUAAUUGUACCGCUAAGGCUGGGCUUAAGUGAGGUGAACCCAAUAUACAUCGAGGGACUAAAGAAAUGUUUUCAACUGCCCGGUAGCUGUGGCAUGAUCGGCGGUCGUCCUAAUCAAGCCCUCUAUUUUAUCGGGUACGUCGGUGAGGAAGCACUCUACCUUGAUCCUCACACAGUCCAGCGAGUGGGCAGUGUAGGUAACAAGCAAGAACUCACAGAGCAAGAGUUGGAUGAGACUUUCCACCAGCGAUACGCCAGUCGGAUCAACUUCGUCUCGAUGGAUCCAUCUCUAGCCGUCUGCUUUUUGUGCGAGAACCGAGAGCAGUUCGACCAACUGGUUUCAAAGUUCAACGAUAGUUUAAACAGUGGCACCACACAGGCAUUGUUUGAGGUCACGAAAACUCGCCAGGCUCCAUGGACACCUACGACGACUUCAUCGGCGUCCUCGCGGAAAAAUAGUGGACCAAUCGAGGCCUUCAAUGUGAUAUCUGCCGCGGAAAUUCCUAACGAAGAAUUCGAAGAAGUGGAAACGCGUACGCUAGAUGAUUCAGAUGAUGAGUUUGAAAUCAUAGCUUAAGAGAUGAGAUAGAAAAGCGCAGCACGUAAACGCCCAUGUGCGUAGGUCUUAUUUUGUGGCAAUUUGCUUCGAGCUAAUGUGUAAUGAAAUCGCUUGAUUGGCUAUCCUGCCAACUCUUUUUUAUUACACUGUUACCUACGUUAAAACUUUCGCAUACGCGGUAUUGAGCUUUUCUCCAUGCUCCCUUUUUAAAACCUUGUUCUGAGGCAAAAAUGAUUAAAACAAAAUUUUAUUGAAAAAAGCAACUAUUUUCUACCGUUUGCCGUUUUUUGUCAUUUUGUUUUCAUGCCGUUUUCUCUCUAAGUGUAACUUGAUAAGUGUUAAAAACUAUUCGAAACGUUGGAAGUGGUUGGAAUGAUCAAAAACAAACCCCUUGGGAGAAAUUGGAAGA